AUGAGGUUGUUUGCCUUCGUCACAGCCUUGCCCUUGAUGGCUUCAUCAUUUGUUCUGGCGUUACAGCCACUAGCUGACUUUGAUGCUGAACCCCGGAUUGUCACCAGAGAUACUGGUGCUCCUGACCUCAUGAGCCCGGCUUUUGCUGAGUUGUAUGACUAUGCUGUUCAGUUUGUCGAUGCUCUUCAACAACACGAUGAUGACGGUAACAUCCAAAAGCGUGCCGUGUUGGAGAAUGUCUUGACUGAUGUGCUCACACAAGUUAAAGAGUCCCAAGUGAUAGAGGGCAUCUUGUAUGAGAUUGCCGGCUCUAAGCAGGAGAUAGAUAAUUUGUCAAGAGGAAUCUACCUGGUUUUGGCUGGCGUCAUGACAGGUGACUCUCCUCUCUCGCUGUUGAACAUCUCCAUGAACAUUAGUACCAUUUUGGAUGUGGUGAUGGGAUCUGGCAUCAUAGAGUCCGUUGCUGGCGAUUUGCUUCUCGAUGAUCAGAACAGAGAGAACUUGACUAGCAACCUUGGUGAUGUCUUGACUGAACAUCCUUUCAUUGCAGAGAUUCUUAAUAAUAUUGGUGCUGGCCAAGAUCUCACCUUUGACAUGAUUUUCCUGACUGCCAGAAACUUUGAGAGUAAAGCUCCAGAAUUACAGUCAAACACCACAACUUACCUGAAGCGUGAAGAUACUGAUUAUCUGGGCACGUUUGCUACCUUCCUCAACAACCUUGUUAAUUCUGCUUUCGAAGGCGAUAUUGUGGAGCUGACGCUUGCGGCCACUCUUAAGGCAGUACAGAAUAGUGGUAUUGUUACACAGAUUGUUUUGACCGCCACCCAGUUACCGAUUGUUAAUAUGUUUGGCAGAGUUUUGGGCAAUCUUUACGAUUACGGUGUGUUUGAUAAUAUUCCCCUCAAUGACUACUUCCAGGAUGCCAAGGAUAGUCACAUACUUGCGCAUGGUUUACAGGACCUUUUGGUGAGUGAGACAUGGUCCCCACCGCUUGCGAAAGUUUUCCAACAACUAGAAGAUCAAGGAACACUUGAAAACGUCAGACGCAGUUUGUACGGUUGA